AUGGUCACUGGGGUUGACUUCCUCAAAGGCAAGAACACACGCCUGCAUCACACCAAUGCGUACGAAAACCAAAGCCUGGUGGCGAGACGCGGGCAGGGCAUCGAGAUGAAGCUGUUGUUCAACAAGGAGCUGAGUGCCAGCGACAAGCUGAAGCUGCAGCUCAGCAUCGGUGAGGAACCAAUGAAGAACCAGGGGACCCUGAUCUCCCUGAACCUGAGGUCUGGGAAGAGCUGCAACGGCUGGCGUGCCACCAUUAUCACGUCCUCCAACAAAGAGUGCCUGGUGACUGUGACCAGUCCACCCAAUGCCAUCGUUGGAAAAUACAGCCUGAAGGUGGUGACGGGGUCGAACAGCUAUAAGCCUGAAAAUGAUGCUGUCUACCUUUUGUUCAACCCCUGGUGUAAAGAGGAUACUGUGUUCAUGGCUGGCGAUGCUGAAAGGAACGAGUACGUGCUCAAUGACAUGGGAUACAUCUACGUUGGAUCAGCAGACCACAUCCGCGGUAGACCUUGGAAUUUUGGACAGUUUGAGGACUUAGUCUUGGAAUCCUGCAUGUAUCUACUGGACCAAAGCAAACUCAAGCCAAACGCUAGAAGGGAUCCUGUGCUUGUGUCCAGAGCCAUGUCUGCUUUGGUCAAUGCCAACGAUGACAGAGGCGUCUUGAUGGGGAACUGGUCAGGGAUGUACACCGGCGGGACCUCCCCUCUUGUGUGGGUGGGGAGUGUUGCAAUUUUGCAGCAGUACUACAAAACGAAGCAGUCUGUGCUUUAUGGUCAGUGCUGGGUCUUCUCAGGAGUCCUCACUACAGUCAUGCGCUGCUUGGGGAUCCCAUCCCGGAGCGUGAGUAACUUCGAUUCGGCACACGACACAGAGGAAAACCUGAGAGUGGACAUUUACUUGAAUGAAAAUAGAGAGCCACUGAGCAAUCUGACAUCGGACUCCAUCUGGAACUUCCAUGUGUGGAAUGAUGUGUGGAUGAAGCGUCCGGACUUGCCAGCUGGGUUUGACGGCUGGCAGGCCAUCGAUUCGACCCCUCAGGAGCAAAGUCAAGGUGUUUACCAGUGCGGUCCGUCUCCGCUGAAGGCUGUCCUGGAAGGGCACGUGUAUGUGAACUACGACAGCAAGUUUGUGUAUGCGGAAGUGAAUGCUGACAAAGUCUACUGGAAGGUGAAUGUGGUGAAUGGCCGGAAUAAACACACCAAACUCGCUGUGGUUACCAACGCCGCCGGCAAGAACAUCAGCACCAAAGCCGUGGGGCAGAACAAGCGCGAAGACAUCACCAUGCAGUACAAGUACCCUGAAGGCUCACUAAAGGAAAGACUGUCUAUGCAGACAGCUACCUCCUUCCUCUCAGGAAGCGGAUCUGGGACACGCUAUGCUUCAGCCAUCGUUCCCAGGGCUAGGAUGCGAGACAAUGUGGGCCCUAGCCCUAGGGACCACGACGAGGAGCCCCCCAAGCCUGAGCUCGAGCUUGAGAUAACCAGCAAAAGUCCUUUGUAUCCUGGCAAGCCUAUUGAUCUGGACAUCAUAGUGAAGACCUUUGCUCCCAAGAGCCAGACCAUCCAUAUUGCUGCCUCCUGCCAGCUGCAGUCCUAUACAGGAAAAAUUAAGGCCAAUAUUGGAUGCAUCAAGGAGACCAUCAAGCUUGAAAGCAAAUCUGAAGGGAAGGUCCCUCUGAAAAUAGCGGCUGACAAAUACAUGGGGAUGCUGGCCUCAGUGGGAGAUGAAGAUGUCAUCAAAGUCACUGUCAUCGCCGAGAUCGAGGGAACGGAUAAAAAAUUCGCCAAGGAUAUGUCGCUGACCUUCCAGUACCCCCCCAUCACUGUCGAGAUGCCAGAGACGGCGAAAGUGGACGAGGAGUUCUCCUGCGCCUUCGUCUUCAAGAACACGCUGAGUGUGGCCCUGCAAGACUGCAAGCUGUGUGUGGAGGGCCUGGGCAUGUUUAAGCUGACCACGUUUGAUCAAGGGGACAUUGAGCCUGGUAAGAUCAUUAAGUCCAGAAUAAUCUGCACUCCAAAGAGAGCAGGAGAGAAGAAAAUAGUAGCCACGCUGGCCUCAAUCCAGGUCAAGGGGAUAUCUGUGGAGAAAACCAUCACUAUCGCCGAGUAG